AUGCGACUAACCGUCGUCCCUCUUUUGAUGUGCGUCAGCACUCCGCUCGUGUCCUCCUUUCGUUGGGUUCACAAUGUCGACUUCGUUGACUGUCUGAAAACAGUGAAUGCCUUAGACCCGACAAAAACGAGCGACGCGCAAUGGAUCCACACCCUCGUUGACCCGAGGACGCGAAAAGCUAUCUCCAACAAUCGCACACUUCUCACGUACCAGGGGUGCGAAAAAAAAUGUGGCGAUGGCUACAUGUUAUGGCCAGCAAGGGAAACUUUAUCCCGAUUAGCGCUCUGGUUGAUUCCGGUUUCGGUUCUGAUUUCCCAUUUCCAUUUCGCGCCUCUGUCGGGUCUCAACACUACAUUCGUCGUUAUGCAUCUACUUGGCGAUCCGGUUGAUAGCAUCUGGAGUAUGCUUGUUCGACAGCAAAAAAAUCAACUAUUACUCAGCAAGGCGAAGACGUCGGGUUUGGUGAGGAGUGGGGAAGAUAUAGCUACAAUAUGGGCUGCUUAUGAUGAAGUGGGAUGGGUGGAUGCCUCUACAUAUUUCCUGAAAGAACUCAAGCGCCGAAAACCCGUUUACCACUGUCGACCUCUAAGCCGGCAGGCCCCACCCCAAAGCGUGCCUACCCCGGUAGCAAGCCAAAGUGGCAGCUGCAGCGAACUUGAUAGAGUAGGACAACACCCAUCAAACGGGAACAGACUCCAGCACCCUACGAGAUCAAGUUUAGACGCCACUGAAAGUUAUUUAAUCGAGCUAGCCGCGCAGCGACUGACCUCGAACCGCUCCGAGAGUCGGCUUGCUUCCUGGGUUGCCAUAAUCGCAAUGAUUGGCGCACUGUGUGGUGCAUACAUACGAACUUGGUCUGAGAGACUCAACAACCAGACCCCGCACACUAUUGCGAUUGUCUCAUUACUAUUCAUAUUCAUUCCCAUUGUAAAGAUCAGCGGUAAUAUUGGCUCAUUCACUUCUCCAACUGCGGUCGUGGAUAUUAUUCAGGAACUGCGCCGCGAUCUCAAAAACCAUUAUCAAAGUGUCGCAGACAAACGACCACUAUUUCCUCCAUUUAUUCUUGAUAAGAAUGCACAUUGGAGACCAGAGAACGAGGCCGGAGAAAGCGACGGAGAUGAGGCUCGUCGGCCUCUUUCUCCAGGAGACAUCGAGAUUGAUAUCCUCACAGACUGGCCUUCCAUAGCUGGAUACCUUGGCAUGAACUGCGCUUGGCGCCCGCACAAGUCCAUCAACAGUACUAAGGCUUAUGUGGCCAGAUGCGGACCAUUCGGGCUCGGAAUCUUAUCAGUCCUUUUUGUCGUGUUAGGAAGCUACUUGCCCGCCCUGCUUCUAUCAUACUGCACACCACUGAUCGGGUUUGGCUGCCGCUCAUUCGCGUGGACAUUAAUCAUGGCUAGCUGGGUACUAAGCAUCAUUCUGGAUUAUGCAUUGAAAAAUCUCACCUGCAUUAAGAGGGCCAAGACGCUGUGGUUGUCGACUGUCGCUAAGGACAUAAUCAUCGCUAUUUACUUCAUACUAUCAGUGUCAGCGGCCCAAAUCGGAUAUUUCAAUAGCUGCUACUGUCGUGGUGGGGUUUUGACAGGGCAAAAUCCGGCAUAUAUUAACUUGGAUGAGCUCUCUCCCCAGGAAUGGCAAGACGGUUGGCUACUUUGGACCAUGGUACCAGUAGUGGCUUUAUUAGCCAUUAUGAUCUUGCUGUUUACUGUCAACAGACUAAGUGGAGACUCUAGUAAGCUGCUGAAUCGCGACAUCGAACGGAGAGCGAAUGAUAUUGUCCAACUGAAUAGGAUCCGGUGCGAUGUUAAUUUAGAAGAAAGGCCUGAAGAUAGACCCCAGACUAAGAAGCGAGGGUUAUGGUGGCGUCGGUUACAGAAGAAGAACCAAUCCCGGAAAGUUGAGUCUGAACAAGAAACCCAACCAUUUAAUCGCAGCACCGGCGACGAGUCUAGCAGUUUCAACUAUGAAGAUUCAUAA